UUGGUUACAUUCGUCACAUUCGUGUAAUUUGCUUUCUUGAUAAAGUUUGCAGAUCGCUUGAUACUUGAUUUUCAGUUGCGCUGAUUUUUUAAGCCCUUAAUUUUCUUCCCAUGUACAAGGUUAAAUUGCAAUCUAACUGAAAGUGAUCUAAAAAAAUGGCAACUGGAGACAUAAGGAUUUCUCAGGCCGCCCUUACGAAUUGCUCAGAGACAAAACGAGUUCAUUUGAUGGCCUGUGAGGUAGAUCAUGAUGGGGAAGCUCAGGUAUCAAAUUAUUUCGACCCAACUGUGCGAGACGAAGGUACAAACUCGGGGGUGCAAAAUGGCGAAUCAGCCCUAAGUGCAUCCUUCAGAGGGCGUAGUCUGAAAGGAUGUGUUAUCAAUGUACCAGCAGGGUAUACUGGGUUUGUCAUGAAAGAAGGAAGAGGACCUAUUACUGAUGAGGAGGAUCGAGUGAUGAAACCCAUACAUAAAUUUUCACAGUUUACCUACUGGAAUUUAGAGACUCCACCCUCAAAUAAUGAUGCCAUUGUGAAAGCUAUGCAAUGGAUAAAUAUUGCUUCUGCACUUCAUGGUGGUGAAGUGGAUAGUGAGAAUGCCACUCCAGAGAACAUCAGAUGAUAUAAAGCAACUUAUGGCAAAGAACAUUAUAAAUUGCUAAGGAUUGUCCUCUAAAAUAAAAAUAAAAUUUGGCAACAA